UUUCGAAAGAGAGAGAGAGAGAGAGAGAGAGAGAGAGAGAGAGAGAGAGAGAGAGAGAGAGAGAGAUGGGUGCUUCUGUUUCGGUUCCCGAGAGAUCCGUCCAUCAAUUCACCGUCAAGGAUAGCUCCGGCAAGGACGUGAAUUUGAGCAUAUACCAAGGGAAAGUCCUCCUCCUUGUCAAUGUUGCUUCCAAAUGCGGCUUCACCGAAUCCAAUUAUACCCAGCUCACCGAACUUUACCGGAAAUACAAGGACCAAGGGUUUGAGAUCUUGGCGUUCCCUUGCAACCAGUUUCUUUACCAAGAGCCCGGCACGAGUCAAGAGGCUCAUGAGUUCGCUUGUACGCGGUUUCAGGCCGAAUAUCCUGUUUUCCAAAAGGUACGUGUAAACGGUCAAAACGCAGCACCACUCUACAAGUUCCUUAAGGCAAGCAAACCCACUUUUCUAGGUUCCAGAAUUAAGUGGAACUUCACCAAAUUCUUGGUCAGCAAAGAUGGCAUAGUGAUUGAUCGUUACGGCACGAUGGUUACACCCCUUUCCAUCGAGAAAGACAUCAUAAAAGCUCUGGAAGAGGCUUGAUACAGCAGACGUGAUUUUUAUCUCCAGACACCUAAUAAAUUUCGCGGUUGAUUUGUAAUGAUAACCGCAGCUUUUAUGCUGUAAAUCUACGUCGUUCUUUCUUAGUUCGGUGUACAUAUUUUAAAAAAGAUAAAUGAGCCAAAAUCCGAACUUAAUUGGUCACCCUUAUCUACAGAUCCUAACUUCCGUUAGUGAACCCAUUUAGCACGAAACCAUUUUAUUAUCUACGUAUUUUAGCAAAAGCUGAAUAUAAAUUGGCCUGACUCAACUAUUCUCGCUUUGAUUAUUUAUCACAAAAAAAUUUAAUGGGCUUGGACCAUUUUCGUUUAGAUAGAUAAAUAAGGGUUCAAUUAUUUCCGGCUUACAUAUACGUAUUUCAAGAAAAGAGAUUUAGUUAGGAUCCGUUUCGAUACUCCGUAUCCGGAUGCAUUUUCAGACGCGCUCCUAUGGAUGGAUGAAUCCCAUUCAACCAACGGCUCUUAUUCAUCAAAUUCAAAUUUCCCCUCUACUUUACCUGCACUCGUCUCUCUCGCUCGUUAAAGCAAAAUCCACCAUCGAAAGAGUUUGCAAUGGUGGUGUUUCGCCAUGCGAAUCGAGAAGGCCGACGACGAUCACGCUUCGGGACGGAAGAUUCAUUGAGAUUGCAUUUAACCUAAUCCAUAGAGAUACAGAAGAAAUUCAGUUCCGAAGGAAUCCCGAGAACGGAAUGUGUUGCAGUCGAAUCGAAACGGAUUGUGACGCAAGGCAAGCAUCUGCUUUUUAUAGCUUGGGCCUGCCUAUAUAAAAGUCGUCGGGAUCAGCCCAUUGAUCAGGUAACCCAAAUCUUUGAAAAUCAAUUUAUUUCUGGUAUCAUUUGGGGUUUUUGAAUUUCUAGGCCCUUUAAAAUUGCUACAGAGUUUUAGUCAUUGCAACUUUAAAAACUUUGGGCUAUUUUUCGGCCCUAGUAUUUCCGGCAUCACUUGGUCCUCAUCUAAUAAUUAAGUUAAAAUUUGAAUUUUUAGGCUUUUUAAACUUGAUUUUAGUCAUUGCAAUGUUUGAAAACGUGGGCUAUUUAUAGGCCCAACUAUCGUUCGCAUCAUUUGGGCCUUUUUAAUAAUUAAGUCAAUUUUAUUAAUUUCUUGGCCUUUUAAAAUUUGUUACAGAGUUUUUAGUCAUUGCAUUUUUUAUUAAAAAGUGGGCUACGUUUAGGGUUAAGGGAUAUUUUGGAUAGGGCUAUUAUAGAUUAGGAUUAGGGAGUACUGUAGAUUGGGGAUAUUAUAGAUUAUGGGUUAUGGGAUUGAGGGGUAUAUGAGCUUAUGGAUAUUUGAGAUUUAAAGGUAUAUGAAAUUAAGGAGUAUUUGAGAUUAGGAAGUAUAUGGGAUUAAGGACUAUUUAUUAAUAACGGGUAUUUAUGAUUAGGGAUUAAGAAGUAUUUAAGACGAAAGGAUAUUUGAGAUUUAGGGUAUAUUAAGGGGUAUUAGAGAAUAAAGGAGAAUUUGAGAAUAAAGUGGCCUUUGAGAAUAAAGGGGGCAUUUGAGAUUAAUUAGGGUUUAGGGUUUAGGGUUUAGGGUUUAGGGUUUAGGGUUUAGGGUAUAGGGUAUAGGGUAUAGGGUAUAGGGUUUAGGGUUUAGGGUUUAGGGUUUAGGGU